UGCUGGAUAAAAACCAUGGCUGCCGAGAUUCAUUCGAGGCCCAGACCGGUUCUUCUGAACAAAAUCGAGGGCCACUCGGACACUGUGAACUCGGCCGUUUUGAUCCCCAAAGAGGAUGGAGUUAUCACGGUCAGCGAGGACAGAACCAUCCGAGUGUGGCUGAAGAGAGACAGCGGUCAGUACUGGCCGAGCAUCUUCCACACCGUCUCCUCUCCGUGCUCCUGCAUGUCCUACCACCAUGACAGCCGGCGCAUCUUCAUCGGCCAGGACAACGGAGCUAUUGUGGAGUUUCUCAUCUCUGAAGACUUCAACAAGAUGAGCCACGUCAAAACAUAUCCCGCCCAUCAGAACCGCGUGUCCGACAUGGUGUUCUCCCUGGAGAGUCAGUGGGUGGUGAGCACGGGACACGAUAAGAGUGUGAGCUGGAUGUGCACGCAGAGCGGCAGCAUGCUGGGGCGGCACUACUUCACCGCCUGGGCCUCCUGCCUACAAUACGACCACGAGACGCAGCACGCCUUCAUCGGCGAUUUCUCGGGUACGAUCACGCUGCUGAAGCUGGAGACGCAGACGUACUCCACCAUCACGACACUGAAGGGACACGAAGGCAGCAUAGCCACCCUGUGGUGGGACCCGGUUCAGAGGCUGCUGUUCUCGGGGGCCUCGGACCACAGCGUCAUCAUGUGGGACAUCGGGGGCCGCAAGGGACGGACGCUCCUGCUGCAGGGACACCAUGAGCGUGUGCAGUCUCUGCGUUACCUGCAGCUGACCCGGCAGCUGGUCUCCUGCUCGGCUGACGGAGGCAUGGCGGUGUGGAACAUGGACACCCCGAGAGAAGAGGCGCCUCAGUGGCUGGACAGCGACUCGUGUCAGAAGUGUGAGCAGCCGUUCUUCUGGAACAUAAAGCAGAUGUGGGACACUAAGACCAUGGGGCUCCGACAGCAUCACUGCAGGAAGUGCGGCAAAGCAGUGUGUGGGAAAUGUAGUUCUAAACGCACCUCGUUUCCCAUCAUGGGCUUUGAGUUCCCGGUGAGGGUGUGCGACGCCUGCUUCGACACCAUCAAAGAAGAAGAGGAAGCACAACAUCGCCCACAUGGACAUGGACCCCUCCAGAGGCCUGAUGGUGACGUGUGGGAGCGACCGCAUCGUUAAGAUCUGGGAUGUGACGCAGGUGGUUGGCUGUAGCCUAGCAACAGGCUUCUCUUCGCGCUGAUUGGCCAACAAAACCCCACCAAGCCCCGCCCACUCUGCCAGUGUCAUGGAAACCCCUCUGUACAGCAACAUCAGCCCCAGGAGCCUGUAGCUGCACCCAGGCACGCUCGUGGUGUGUGUGUGUGUGUGUGACUGUAAGUGUGUGUGUGUGUGACUGUAAGUGAGUCUGUGUGUGUGUGUAUAGCCCUACACAUUCCUAAAGCUUCUCAAACUCCUAAUUUCACACAUGUUCGGUCCUACACGACAGCGAGUGUGACACAUUUUGGACUUUUUGCUCUAACCCGAAGCACAAUGGUGUGAGUGUUUGUGCGCGUGUGUGUGUGUUUGUACGUGUGUGUGUGUGUGUGUGUACUUGUGUGUGUGCAUGCAUCGUAAUCUUUCUCCUAUGGGAGGAAUGGUAUUGAUAUUAGUGUUUACAUUAUAUUAAUAUUUCCGAUGCUUCUUCUGACAGUUUUUUUUUUUUACCCUUGCACUGUAAAGAUCACUAAAUGGCGAACACAUACACUAGCUUGCUCAUUACUGUGGCCCACUAACUGCAUAUUACUCAGUGUAAACAAAUCAACAUGAUCAUGUGUACAUAGCCCCGCCUCAUGUGUAUAGUAAACGGCUGCUUCUCGCUGAUCAAAAAUAAUCAGCUUUUCUCGCGUUUCCUUUCACUCGUUGGCCUUAAAUCACUCAGGAGGUUUUACAUCAGUGGGUUGUCUUCAUGUAAACAUUAUUAAUGUGUAAUCACUCAGUGGAGGAAAGGAAAGGAAAUCAAAGUUACAGCCUCUCUCUCUUUAUAAAUAUAUAAUGGGAAUGUCUUCAUACACUGCUGCAGAAAUUAGAUUUACUCGUCAGAUGUUUGCUCUUCGAAGAGAGGCGUGGGAAAUGAACGCUGCAGCGGCCCGAGUCGAAUUACAAUUCAACGUUUGAGCAGUGUGACUUUUUAAGUUAUUAUUUUCCGCUUUACUGCAACUUUUAUCAAGGUGAAACCGCAUCAGCACCUCUUUGAAACAAUGUGUGCCACUUUCUAUAUCUACAACGCAUAACAAAUAUACUUAUAAUGCGUUUUAAUCAACUUACAGCAUGGAAAAAGCACAUUCAUACUGGUUUAUAACGAUUACAACACAUUAAAAAAGCAUUUUAUAAUGACUUAUAAGCUAAAGUAUCAUAAUACCCUAACACUUUACAUGAAAGCCACUUAUAUAAUCCAUUCACACGACAUUUUAAUGUAUUUAUAAGGUUUAAAAUGACUGUUUAAAGGUCUGUAAUGCUUUGAAAUGUCUUAAAAACAAUUCAAAAAGCCUCUUACAAAGCUUCACUAAAUCUUAUGAACAUGCUUUUAAUGCAACAGUAACUGAAAUGUAUUAUUUAUUUACUUAAAGCAUACAAAAAACAACUUAUCACAUUAUUAUGCCUUUUUAUAUCAGUGAUAUUAAAAAAGGAUUAUAAUAUAUUACAACUAUGGGGAUUAUAAUACACAAAAGAAGUCGGUGAGUGACCUGCAAGUCAUUUCAUAAGUCAUUUUAAAAUGCUUAUAAUUGUUAUUUAGCAUUAUGAAUAUCACUACCUAUAAUCAUACAGUGUUAUAAAUGUGUUUAUAAACCUUACAUUUCUUAGGUAGAUGUCACAUGGCCUCCGUAAGAAACAUUUUCAUCUGUUCAUUUAAAAAUAAUACAUAAAUAUUGCACGUUUUUUUGGUGCAAACUCCGAUUUUCUGCCCCAAUAAAAAGGCACUAAACUUUUUGUAGCACUAACUUCUCAUCAGGGUGUUCCUUCAGAAAGCCUUAAGAGAGGACACACACACACACACACACACACACACACACACACACACACACACACACACACACACACACACACACACACACACACAGCCUUUUUUAAAUCAACGCUUCCACUCCUUCACUCUCAUAAAGCUUUGUGUUUCCUCCCAUCUUUACUUUCUAACGCUCUGCACUGAAUUGCACAACUCGUGGUCUUUUUGUCGUCAAAUUAAACCCCUUUUUCUUUUUGUAAAUUCAGAUUUUUGGGAUGUGGGUAAUAGCUGGAUUUCCAUGUAGCGUCCCUGUAAAUAACGGCUACUAGUAUCUCCUAACGUUAGACUAACGCUUGCCUUAUUGUAAGUGGGGGGGGGGAAAACAUAGCAUUAAAAUGUUGAUUUGAAAAAUGUACAUGUAGUCACAUUCCAGGUUUUUGAUCAUGUGGUGUGUAUUUAUAUUUGUAGUAAAGUAUUUAUCUAUUAUUGUGAA